AUUAGUAUAGUGAUCGCCUUGCUCGAAUCCUUGAGGCAUGUGAAGCGCCAAGUUCAAUGCUUCCAAAUUGCAUACUAUUUUUCUGACGUAGCUGAUGUUCGAGACCUGAAUCGUUAUUCUUCACUACCCUACUGUUGCUGGUGCAUUGGCAAUAGGCUGGACGACCCUUCGCACUCCGUUGCGCGCUUGGAGUUUGCGACGAGCUUGUCCAAACAGCGUAUACAACCCAAAACGUAUGUAAAUGCGUGGCACUACUACAUGCCUUCUUACGAGCUGCUUCAUAGACACCAUUGGCAGUCUGCACCUUGCUUCGCGCUGCUGCGCACCAUGAGCUAGCUUCUAGCUCGUGGCUCCAGAAGGGAUUGAGCUUGCGGGCCGGUUUCGCGUGUUAAGACCUUCGACGGGCCAUGGCCACCCCUGCUCGGGAGGUGCCCAGCGACAGCGCGGUCACCGUUGCGGCCAAAGCGGCUGCCCUUGGCGCGGCCUCUCGCCAUGCCCUGAGCCACGCCGUUGCGGACACCGGCGAUGGAACAGCUGCAGCCGUCGGCAAGUUGGCUGCGCGCGCCUCAAAGACAGGCAUGCGCGUCUCCCUGCCCCAGGAGGUUGCAAACGCGCCGCCGGCAGCGCAGGACGUGGUGUCCUCACCCGCUGCGGCUGCCGCUGCUCCCAGCAGCGCGCGGCGCAUCAGCGUAGGCGGUAUUUAUGUACUCGCGGAGGUGCCGCCGGCGUUGGUAGGUCGUGGCGCGGGCGCAGCUGGUAUUGCUGCCGCUGGGGAACAUCUGCCAGCCCCGCAGUCGCCCUCCAAACGAGUCAGCCUUGGGGAGCCGCGGCCACAACCUGACGCUGACGAUGCGGGUAAUGAGGACGCACAAACAGCCGCACAAGCAGCUGCAUCCGACACGGACGGUGAGAGCGCGGCGCGCCGCGCGCCAGGCCGCAGCCUCACGCGCAACCGCAGCUUCAGCCAGGUCCGCAGCAUGGGCCGUGCCGCUAGUCGCCGCGCGCUGCAGCUACACGGCAGUCAAGACAGCAGCCCGCCCAGCACCAGCCACAGUGCGCGGGGCGCCGGCUCUCCCACACACCCGCACGACGGUGAUGACGAGGGUGAUGAGGAGGGCGAACCGGCAUCGGCAGGCGGCCGGAGCGAUGACACACACGGCGCCCGCGAGAACAAUUCCGGGUCCGCGCAGCAGGAGCAGCAGGAGGGGGCAGCAGCACGGCCAGGUCUCGUGGCACGAACGGCAGAGGAGUUGAGAACCACUUCAGCCGCAAGCGCGGUCAAACUGCAGAAUUCCGAUGACGAGCUGGCUGCAGAGGCUGCAUGCUGGGCGGCUGAGGCAGCGGCAGAGGCGGAGCGAAGCCUGCCUGGAGAGCUGACCCGGCAUGACGCAGGAGCAGCUCCCAGAAAGCCAUGUGCACCAGCUGAUGUGGGUGCGGGCUCCGGAACCCAGUCGACUUCGCGCACUACGGGAGUGCCUGGCGAUGCGCAGGGCAGCAGUGAUGCGGCAGGCCUGGAUGCCCUUGUCAGCACAGACGCAGCUACGGCGGCUGCGAAAAUGGCGCUGCUGCAGCAACAGCACCAACAGCAGCAGCAACCAUCGCUGGUGUGGCGCAGCGCGCACUCCAUCCACGGGCUGGACAAGGCGCACCAUGCACACGGCGCCAUUCGGCAUUACCAGGUCACCGUCAAGCCGGAGCACACACAAGCGGUGCUGUUGGGCGCGCAAAGCCACAGGAGCAUAGCUGGGAAAGCAAACAGUGGCAAGGACGCAGCUGUCGUCAUGAGCCGUGCCCCAGGCAGUGCUCGCACCGACAUGGGCGUGGACACCGAGGGCAGCGCGCAGUCGCACCCCCAACCUGCUGACGUGGCAGGCGUGCAUCCCCGCGGCGCCGUCACGCACUGCUCUGCGCGCUUCGUGCCCGAGACUGCCGGCGGCAACGGCGGCAGCGGCGACGGCGAUGGCAGCGCCGUCAGAGGCUCGGACGGCUCAGCAGCGGCUCAUUGCCUUGUCAAUGGUACUGCGGUGCAAGGGACGGGGCACGAAACGAAUGGGCCGCAGUUGCUGCAUCCUCAGCCGCCGCAAACUGCCAGGACAGCACGCUCCGUUAGGCUGCGUGAGCCGGAGGCCGGCAGCGGUGGUGGCGGCGCCAGCACGGCAGCGGCGGUGGGGUUAUCCGCGCUCAAGGGCAGCCGCAGUAGCCGCGCUAUCUCCUGCACUGGAGACGGCGCAGGCAGUGGCAAGGGCACUGGAGAUGUCACCGCAGACGGCACUGGUACUGGUGGCGGUGGCGGUGGUGGUGCCUUCAGCAGCCGCCGCGCUCGCAUUAUGAGCGCAGCGCCGGGGCGAGACCGCGCCGUAACACAUGACGGCGUCGCCACCGGUCCCGAUGACGGCUCCGAGGGGCCGGCCGAGUACCAGCGGUCCACGGCUAGCGCGCGGGUAGAGCAGCUGCUUGCGUCACGUGCGCGCAGUGCCGUGCCGAGCGUGCGAGACGUGCUGGGGCCUGACGCGAUCAAGGACAGGGCUGGUGAGAGUUGGCACCGCAUACCCGCCGUGGCGCUGGAUCUCGACCACACCCCAGAUUUGGAUCUGGUGCCAUUGGGCGCCAAGAGCGCACUCACCGGCGCACCUGUGACGCGGGUGCCGAGGUCCAAAUCUGCGCGGCCUGUGCCGCGAGGCAGAACAGCAGGCGCUGGCGGGCUUUGGGAGCGGGGCAAAUCCACAUCAGCGCUGUACUCAGACUCGGGCGCAAGCUCGGGCUCGGAUGCGGAUUUGUCCGCGGGCGAUGCCGCGCACCUGGAUGCCAGCCUGUGGGGCGGGCACCCAGAGCUCCUAGGGGCCGACGCCGCCGCGCGUCCGCUGCGCACGACCAAGUCCUUCAUCACACCGCUCAGCAGCCGGGUGGGCGUGCCCAAACCUACACUGCCUUCACCCCAUACCAAGAAUGGUGUAGGCAGUCAGCACACCACUGCAGGCGGCGCCAGCACCGGCGCUGGCGCUGCUUCAGGGCCGUCCCGGCGGAACUCGACGGUGGGGGGCGACGAAGGCUUGGCUGCUGGUGGUAGCAGCGGCGCCACAGCUAGUGGGGUGCAGGCCACAGCGCUAGCGUCAUUGAUGCUCGCCGCUGCAGAUGACCCCUUGCUGGCUCAUGUGAUGGAGAACGCCAGGAAGCGCGCGGCCGAGGAGCGCGAGAAACGUCGUGCCGCAGCCGCAACUGCAGCCGCAGGCGACGGUGCAGUUUUAGGUGACGGAGGUGGCGCUGCCGGUCCUAGGUGGACGGGGGACGGGGAGCAAGGCGAGGAGGCGGGGGCUCCUUCGACUGCGUCUCGUCGCGCGCAGGAUAAGGCGCGUGCCCAGCUGCUGUUUCAGCGCCAGGCAGAGGACUGGGCAAGAGCGCACGGCGCCGCGCCACCACGCCGCCGCCUGGCGCCGGCUGUCACCAAGAUGGUGGAGCAGUGGUUCUCGCUUGUAGAUGAUGACAGCAGCGGCGCACUGGAGGCCCACGAGCUGGCGGCGGCGCUGUCGGCUGCAGGCGUGCCUUGUGACGAGUCCGACAUCCGUGAGUUGGUGCGGAUCAUUGACGUCAACCACGACGGCUCCGUGACCUGGGCUGAGUUCCAGUCUUUUCUGUUGAAGGAGUUUGCGGCGGGCAAGAACCUGAUCAACGGCGACUAUAUAUUGCCGUCAGGCAAGCGGCUGCCGUUUGGCGCAAUGAUUGCACGGCUCAAGCGGCAGCGCGUGCUUGAGGACGUGUUGGCGGGCGGCAAGGCGCGCAGCAAGUACGUCGACAUGCUGUACAAGCCCAAGGCCCUGGCGGAGGAGCUGGGGCUGACUCGCGAGGCCGCCGCAGCUCUGGCGAAGCUUGUCCGUACCAAUGUGGGCGAGGCCGCCGCCACCAGCGACACCACGGGCGAUGGCGGCUCCAAUGGUCUGGCCCAGACCGCAUCCAUGGCGCUGGCCAGCAUCAGUCGCGCCACAAGCCCCAGACACCUGUACCAGAAGCACGCCUACUACCAGACCAUGCGCCAGCGCGAGUCGGACGUGGGCGACCAGACCGAUAACGAGGUGCCGCAGACCGGGCAGACAGGAUCCAAGUCUGGGAAGUUCAAGUUGCAGCCCUCACCAGUUUCUAGGAAAGCGCUGACGCAGCCAGAUGUGGGUCUUGCGGCUGCGGAGGAGGAGGCUGUGGUCGCGGCAAACGCGGGCGCGGCGGAGGCGGAGGCGGAAGGUGCCACGGACGGCAACGGCGCUGGCGGUGACGCGGGCGCGUCCGUGUACCAAAAGCUGAACGCCGGCGCCUCUGUGCUGCAUAGCAUCUAUUCCCAGCACGCUGCAGCGGGCGGCGAGGUCCCGGCGGCGCCCGGUGAUGCCGCUGAUGUGCCCGUGGAAAACCCCGUGUUCAAGCUCACAGAGGUGGGCCUGACGGUGGAGGACUCAGACGAGGACGAAGACCAGGACGCCGCCGUCGCGUACCCUGGCGCUGAUACCAUCGGCCGGCGACCCUUCCCCGGCCCCAUCAUACCGCCCGUCCCAACGAUCCGGCGCCCCGACACCCGAGCCUUCAAGCGCGCCCUCAUUGGCGCCCGCCGCACCGCGCCCGCCUAUUUGCUCCAGCGCUACGGCCUCCCAGAGCCCCGCGUCGCAGCCGCUGCCGCCGCGGCCUCGGGCCCGGCCGCGCUUCCACCGCCGCCGCCCCUCCGCGGCGCCGGCCGGCGUCGCAGCCGCAGCCGCCGGCGCGCUGGCGGUGCCGGCACCUUGGUCCCCAGCGUUGACGCCUCCAUUGACGGCGCAACCGCCGGUGAUGGCGAACUGUUAUCGCCGAUUGCGUCCGCUGCCACGGCUUCGGAGUUGCUCGGCGACGGACCGUCAGCCUCCUCGCUCGCCGCGGCGGCGGUGCCGCUGAAGCAGCCUGGGAGCGGCGCCGCCACGGCGGCGGCUAGCACCGCCGCCAACGCGGCGGCGGCGGCCGCGCUAUCGUACAACUCUUCUUACGGCGCGGGUAUGACGCGGUACCGGCGGUGGAGCAUGUACCAGAUCGACCCGGCGGCCGAGAAUCCGGACUACUGGCAGGCCAAGGCCGCAUCUUUGCUGAUGCGCCACACGAAGCGGCUCUUCAAAGCAGUGCCAGGAGCCGGCGGCGCCCGGGCCCACGCCGCCGCGGCCGCCUCUGCCGCUGCUGCCGCGGUGGAAGCAGCCAGCCGGGGCCUUCACAGCCCGCCUGCUGGGCUUGAGGUGCCGCCGCCCACACACCGCCUUUUGCCCGGCCACGCCUCCGCACCCGCAUCUCCAGGCGGCGGCGGGUGCGCCGGCGUCGGCGCCUCUAGCUCCGCCGCCGCUGUGCCGCAUGCGCUCCACCUGCCGGACGCGCAGCAGCUGCUGACGAAGCACGCGGCUCUGCAGCAGCAACACAAGGAGGAGCGGCAGGCGGCCCGAGAGGCGGUGCGGCGGGCCCACACCGACCAGCUGCUGCAGAGGCUACGGUACGACGCGGCGGCGGUCGUGGCGGGUGGAGAUGGUGGCGAGGUGGAUGAGGGCAUUGGUAUCUACGAGGAUGCGGAUGAGGACGAACACGAUGCGGGGCAGGCAACCGUACCGGCGACAGAAGCAGCGGCUGUCGCGGUGGCGGCUGCGCGCCGGGCGGCGGCGGAAGCUGCGCUUGGCUUCAGCCGGCAGGGUGCCCGUCUUGCGAGGCGGCCCGGCGGCGCCGUAUGCGUGCAAGCGCCGCCCGUCUUCUCUGGCGUAGGCACUGUCGUCAUUACCAGCACAUCGCCCUCAAGACAGUUCGCGCGCCGGCCGCAGCCCAACGCGGCCUCCGCGGCGGCGGCAAUGACAGCGCGGCGACGACGGGCGCCACCGCCGGCCAUUUCUGCAACGCUAUUGGCGGAGGCUAUGGCCCCUGAUGGCGGCUCCCCUAACACCGGGCAUGGCAGUCCCAGUGGGUGGGGAGAGCACACGCACCUGCCCCAGCUGCGGCUGUCAUCGCCGGGCGGGUUCAGCGGGUUCAAGGGGGGACCGCACCCGCCAAUGGCUGUGGGUAUGACGGCGGCUGUGGGAGCGGGAGCGGGGGUGGCAGCGGGCAAUGCUGCCAGCCCUUCAUCCCGGGGCCGUCGCUAGGGCUGACGCGAGAGAUACGGUAGACAGCAACACGCCGGGGAGUACGGCUGACCGGCCGACGAACGCCGAAGAACGCAUGCAUGCAAAUGCGUUCGUUGGAGUGACAGUGCUUGGGUGUGAUGCAGUGUGUUCAUCAUUAUGCUAAUGGGGUGGGCUUGCAUUCUUUUAUUGGGAAGGCGGCACUGCCUGGUUCAUGUUCAUGUUGUAGUGGGGCAGGUCGAGGCGCAUAUCUGCGCGGCAGAGGAGUACGCACAACGUAUAUCUAGAUACGCUGUGAUAGCAUGCUAUGGCGGCAGCGCGAAGAAGCGAACGGAUUCGGCGGCGGAAUUUGGGAUGACGGCCUGAGUGCUAGGCGCGCUGUGGCUUUAGUCCGCUUGAGUGUGGUGCUUUUCUACUCCGUCGCGUUCCGGCCUUGGGUCCCGGCCAGCGGUGAAGGUAGUUGUUGCGCGUGCGAGGCACUGCUAAAUGGUGACGCGCCCAGGGGGGGGGUACGAACCAAACCUCCAGCCCCCAUGUCCCAAAACCUCCCGAC